AUGCUCCCGAGAACAGCCGACAUGUUCUCAUUGCGUCAGGCUAGGUGCGCAACUUCCCCUUGCGUAUAUGAUCUGAAGAAAAACAAGCCCGGCAUCAAAGCCGGAGCGGUAGGCAGUCUGAGUCGACGUGUUGAAGUACUUGAGCAGGCUCUGCUCGAACGGCCGUCUAAUUCAUCUUGCUGCGAUAUAGCACCCACCGAGAGACCUGAGAAUGGAACUCCAAAUGUGGUAGGAGUUCUGUCCAUGCUCGCCGCUGAGCUGCAAAAGCUCAACGCAACGCGGCGAUGGGACCGAACGCCUGCACAGGCCAAUACCUCGCGAUAUCACGCGACAGCUUCACCCUCUGGAACCAAUGGGUCAGUUCGCAGCAACUUUGAGCGCAAUUCGGAGAUCUCGCCACAUACGUGCCAUGCGCCUCCGGCACCGAAAAGACGGAGAGUAGACAGUUGCGGCAACCCAAAUGUUGAUGUAUCCUUCUCCUUGGACGAGAACCUGGAUAGCAGUAUUUCAAGCCUGCCGGAUGCAAAGCUCUUGGAAGAAGUCAUUAGUAUAUACUUUGACCGCGUCCAGCCCUGGAUACCAAUUCUGCACGAAACGCACUUCAGACAACGUGUCCAGAACCACGACGAGCUCCCGCAACUUGUUAUCGUGCUGCAUGCAAUGAUUGGGAAUGGGGAGGCCUCGCGAGCUUGGUCCGUGAUAGGGUCACUCACCAGGACUGUCGAGUAUCUGCAGCUCAGUGUGGAAGACGACAGCCAUGCCAAGACAUCCUUACUCAAACCGUUGCCAAUGGUAAAAAGGCCACAAAAUUGGACAGAAGAAGAGCAGAGACGGAGGGUCUUCUGGACAAUCUUCUGUCUAGAUCGAUUCUGCUCAGUCACGACUGGCUGGAACACGAGUCUCACCUCGGACGACGUGCAAAGACGGCUGCCCGCCGAUGGAGGCACAUGGCAUAAAGAGGAGGGCGUGACAACACCCUACUUUGGCAUAUGGGACCGAAGCGUGGCCAAGAUCGGCAAUUCGAUUGCUUUUCUCCCCGGGAAUUACCCCAGUCCUGCCAAGGGGCAGGAUAACACAGCGUCAACGCCUGCAGCAAUGAACUCACAUGCAAAGACAAAUGACCCUGACAUGACUACAAACAUUGACUUCUCGAAUCGACAACAGGUCAGUGAUUGGUUGACGCGGUUCAAAGAGCUGGAUUUGCGCCUCGUUCACGCGGAAACGUGCCAGGUUGCCGCCGUCGAGACUGCCACCAUCACGCAAAAGUACCUCAAGUAUACGGCGUCAUAUUAUCCGGUCGCCGAUCAGUACGCCUUCUGCGUCUACAUAAGUGCCCGUGUGCUCUUGGUGCACUGGCGGCACUACAACACUGAGCUUCCACCCGAGUUCCAGGACCUGGUCGACGCCCUCGACGAGAUGGCACGGAGAUGGGCUGGUCCAAUUUGGGUACACCGUGCCACAAGCUCCUUGGCUGGAAAAUACUCCGAGCAGCUACGUCUCAUGCUUAAGCAAUGCAUGGAUGACCCUAGCUUGGCUAUUGAUGUUCUGGGGUACUCCAGUGGGCUGGCUCAGGGUACUCCAUCCAGUCCCUUCUUCCCUGAAAGCGUCCAGCCAGGAGCAAAGACGAACGUGCACAGCGAAAACUUGGACAAUGGUCUGCCCAAUCCGAGAUCUGAAGCACCCGGUCAAUGUGGGCAAUUGCACUUGGGCAACAUUCCCGCAAAUGAAUUGCCAACUGACGGCAUUCACCCGGAUAAUCUGUCAGCUAUCUCACACCUGCUGAUGGACGAAGAUUUUAUGAGCAUGGACAGGGUCAUCAGUCUCGACGAUAUGAUUUUCGCAGCCCCUGGAAAUACUGAACUACCGUGGGCGACUCCUGGAGACGUUGGCAUGGGUGUGUAA